GAGCAAGUCGCCAGUUCCUGCAGUUGCGACCUCGAAUCGAGGAAGAGGCGGACGCAAUUCGCGAAUUUGCAUCAACAAGCGGAUCCGAAUUUGCGAUCAUAAAGCCAAGAGCUCCGCACUUUGGGGGUCUGUGGGAGGCAGGUGUGAGUCUGCAAAGCACCUACUCCUACGGACGACCCCAGGAAGCAAUCAGCGAGGACCCAAGCGAUGGCGAGGCUCUAACGCCAGGCCACCUAAUGGUGGGAGGCCCAUUGAGGGCUCUGCCAGCAGAGGGGACCCCGGACCAGGGUCUCACCUGCUUGAAUCGAUGGCGAGCUGUCUCGUUGUUCAAGCAACAGUUUUGGCGGCGAUGGUCAAAGGAGUAUGUGCUCGGACUCCAAGUGCGGAGCAAGUGGCACCGUCGCCUGCCAAACGUCGUUGUUGAAUUACAUCAAAGCGAUACGCACUAA